CUUCUUUUGGUUCCGCCGGCCUCCUUCGGUGCGUGACGUGAGGGGAAGGGGAUGCCGAAGCGCUCCUGCCCGUUCGGGGACUCUUCUCCGGUGCAGCUGAAGACCCGCGUGAGGCUGAGGGAACUGAGCCAGGGUGUCCAGGGCGAGCGCUACCGGCGCGAGGUCUUCGAGAAAACAAAACAGCUGCUCUUCCGGGGUGCCCAGGCAUACAUGGAUAACACAUGGAAUGGCAGCACGGCGGGAGCACAGUCACCAGAGCUGCUUGCAGGCAGACCAGAAGCUUGCUCUCGGCUUAGUUGCAGCGGACAAAUGUUAAUUGGGCAGGAUGGAAAACUUCUACAGCCAUGUGCAAGAGAAACAGCUCUGCCAGAAUGCGUUUCCACAGCCUGCUCCUCGUGCGUAAGAACAGUUGACGUCAAAGAAACUUGCUCUCAGUGCGAUCGGCACAUAUGCCAGAAUUGCAGCAAACUCUGCAGCUGUUGCCAUGUAGUUGCUUGCUCCUUGUGUUCUGUUACAGAGUCCAACGAUGUUGGCGAGCGAAUACUUUGCAAUGGCUGCUCCAUGUUUGAGGACUAAAACGCUUGAAAUGACAGUACUAAGUUUUAAGGACAUAAUUAUCUCCAGGAUCUGUAAAGGAACUUGUUUGUUUAAAUAGCUGGACAAUUCCCGCCCCACCUUCCGUCUUGCUACUGUGACGUUGGGGUGCCACUUUAUAAAUAGUGUAUAUUUCUAUAACUGUAAUUUUAAUAGAAUAAACUUUUUAUAUUAUC